UCUUCGGCGGGCCCCGCCCGCUCCUGGGCAGCCGCGGAGGCAGCAGCGAGGCAUCACCGAGGUACCAUCGAGGCGGCGGGACAGAGCGGCGGCGGGGCCGCGAUGGCGGCGGAGGAGGAGUACGAGUCGGUGCUGUGCGUGAAGCCGGCGGUGCUCGUGUACCGGGUACCGCCGCGGGCCUCCAACCGCGGCUACAGGGCCGCGGAGUGGCAGCUGGACCAGCCGGCCUGGAGCGGCCGCCUGCGGAUCACGGCCAAGGGCAGCACGGCCUUCAUCAAGCUGGAGGACAAGGCCUCGGGAGAGCUCUUUGCCCAGGCUCCUGUGGAGCAGUUCCCCGGGAUCGCUGUGGAGGGCGUGACGGACUCCAGCCGGUACUUUGUCAUCCGGAUUGAAGAUGGGAACGGCCGCCGGGCGUUCAUCGGGGUUGGCUUUGUGGACCGAGGGGAUGCCUUUGACUUCAAUGUGGCUCUCCAGGACCACUUCAAGUGGGUGAGGCAGCAGAGCGAGCUGGCCCGGCAGGCCCAGGACCUGGAGCAGGGACCCAAACUGGAUCUGGGCUUCAAGGAGGGACAAACCAUCAAACUCAACAUCGCUAACAUGAAGAAAAAAGAAGGAGGGACAGGGAGCACCAGGCCACGUCCUGCAGGGCCUGGGGGCCUGAGUUUGCUCCCGCCCCCUGGAGGAAAAUCCAGCUCUGGGGAGCGCCCAGCCUCACUCCCCACACCUGCCCAGCUCCCGGGAACCCCCAUCACAGACUCCCUGUUGUCCUGGCCUCAGCCCACUGCUGCUCCUGCUGCUGAUGUCUGGGGAGACUUUGCCAAAGCUUCAGGGUCGUCUUCCAACCAGGCUCAGGGGAACACUGGCUGGGUUCAGUUCUGAUCCCGGCCUUGAUCCACCUUUCCCCACGUGGGUGCUGGAACCCUCGGGAUUCUGUGGGACCAAAGAAGCAGCCUCAGGACACCUCACUCCUGC